AUGCGGCUUCUCAAUAUCUUUGCACUUCUGGCCGCUACGGCCCUGGCGAACGUCGCCGACCCAGCGGCCUCCAAGCCCCAGUCCCACGCUGAAUACGCCCUCUUCCGCAGCGCCAACAUGGCCUCGGCCGAUAAGCUCUCCAGCGGAAUUGGCUUUCACUCCUUUCGUAUCCCCGCCGUCGUUCGCACGCGAACCGGUCGUCUCAUCGCCUUUGCGGAAGGGCGUCGUCACAAUGACCGCGACUAUGGCGACAUCAACCUCGUGUAUAAGCGGACAAAGUCGACCGACGGUGCAGGCAAGACUAUCUCGGACUGGGAAUCCCUUCGCGAAGUUGUGGGCAAGGGUUCUGGGACUUGGGGAAACCCUACUCCCGUCGUCGACGACGAUAACACGAUCUAUCUCUGGAUGAGCUGGAACAACGGAAGUUAUAGCCAGAACGGAGACGAUCUGCAUGAUGGAACUCCGACGAAGCCAGUCGAUAGUACCUGGGAGGGAAGGCGCCAUUUGUUCCUUAGUGUCAGCAAGGACGAUGGCGAGACCUGGUCGGACCCUGUUGACUAUACGGAGACGCAUACCCCCAAGGGACGUGCGUGGGAUGCUGUUGGACCGGGCAACGGUAUUCGUCUUAGUACUGGAGAGCUUGUCGUUCCUGCCCAGGCACGGAAUCUUGUUGGAAGAGGUGAGCCAGGGAAGCGGACCUGGGAGGUUCAGGAUGUUCCUGGCGGCGGGUCCGAGGGUACGAUUGUCGAGUUACCAAACGGCCAGCUCCAGCGGAAUGAUCGUAAGUCUGGUGGCUACCGUAUUGUCUCCUAUGGCACUCUCGAAGACGGCUUUGGCGAAUUCAAACAGGACACUGGCCUCCCUGACCCCGGCUGCCAGGGAUCCAUCCUUUCUUAUAACCGCAACGAGGAGCUCAACCGCACGAUCUUCAUGAAUGCUGCCGAUAAGAAAUCGCGACGGACUAUGCGCGUGCGUAUCUCCUAUGACGAUGAUGUGGCCAAGUACAACUACGGUCGUCAACUUAACGAUGCCCCCGUCCCAAACUCGGGAUACCAGGGUGGAUACUCGAGCAUGGUAAAGACAGGCGAUUAUCACAUUGGAGCCCUGGUGGAAUCGGAUUUCUUCAACGACGGAAGUAACGGCGGGUCCUACCGCACAAUUCUCUGGCGGAGGUUCAAUCUUUCGUGGGUUCUCAACGGGCCAAAUAACUGAGCUAGACCUGCUUAGUUCACUCGGAGCUUCUUGGUGAUUGUGUGUGGCUUGUCUAUCUUCGCGGGAGGCUUUGAAUGAGCUUCGCGUCCGCACUCAGUUACCUAGCACGGUGUCAGUUUCUGGUCUUCUCCACGUAAAUAGUCCUGUUGCGUACUCUGAAUUUCAUUUAUCAUCUUCGCGCUCGAUUCCUUGUCUUCUCGCAGAUGCACA